AUGACGCAAGCUGUUGCCAUGCUUCGGACUCUUGCUCUGGCAUUGGUCCUGGGCACCUCCUUCAAUGAAGCGCAGAAGGCAUCGCCCGCACCUGCGUCUGCACUGAGUCGCGGUGCGGCGAAUCAACUUCGAGCAGUAAAAUCAGAGCUCAACGCUGAGAGACGUAUCCUGGCGAUGGUCCAAAAGCAGCAGUCAGAGACGUCGAAGAAGCUUUCGGAGAAAAAGACAAAGGCUGGCAAGCUCACGGUGCAGCUAAAGAGGCUGAAAGAGCUCAAUGCAGAGCUGCAGUCCGCGGAGAAGGAGAAAGGUACAGUGAUCCUCGAGGCGAAGCAGCUGAAACCUCUUCAGGCCGAAGACCAGGCAUCCAUUGGACUGCUCAGCUUGGAGCAUUCGUUGAACGAGGACCUGGAAGCUGUCACGGAAAGUCGGGCAAAGCAACAAGCUGCGGAGAUGAGCAGCCUGCAUGCCCAAGAGAUGCACUUCAGGUCCGAAAUUCAGAAGAUCAGGCAGAACCUGUCCUCAGCAGAGUUGGCUGUACAACGAGCUCAGCAGGAGGCAGCCCCCCUUUCCCAGGACGAGCGGCAGGCAGCCAACACGGAAGCACUCUUGCAAGAGAAGGUGCAGAGCAGGUCGGCCAGCACACAUGCCCAUCGUGCUCGUCAAUUGGCCCGUGGUGAGCAGCAACGUAUGCUGUCAAAGCAGGAGGAGCUUGCACAACUGAACUUUGCCAUCGGGAACAGCACCCUUCUCCUCCAGAAAGAGAAGACUGAGCUCCAGGCUGAGCGACGCCGUGUGGAGGAUAUGACACACCAGGCGACUGUCCUCACCGACAACCUGGCCUCCAAAGAGGAUCAGCUGAAGCACGUGCAUGCCAAGGUCAUCACUCUGAACAAGGAACUUGCCCAGAAGCACAACGAGGCGGAAUCUCUGCAUGAGGAGACGGCCAGCCUCGAGGGUCGAAUCAAGAAGGACAUGGAGGCGAGCAGCAAGAACGUGACGGUACUGCUGCAGAAGCUGGAGAGAAAGGCGACCGAACUGGACACGUUGCGCCAGAACGUCACUUCCAGUGAAGACCAGGUCGAGGACGUGAUGUCGACACUGAGGGGCUACAUUGAUCGCUCCAAGGAGAAGCUGCACAAGACAAAGCACCAGGCCUUGUUGCAGCAGAGCCAAGUACAGGAGAAGACAUCAGCUGCAUCCGGUCAGAUCCAGGCUGCACGAAGGGAGACUGCAGCUGUGAAGGCCGAGUUGGCUGCAAAGCUCCAAGAGGCAUCCAACAGCAUGCCAGAGCACACAGCGAUGAUGCAGACUGCCAGAAACCUUGAGGCGACCUAUGAAGCAUCGAACGAACAAACCGACGGAAAGGUAGACAAGCUAUUGGUCAAAGAAGCAGAAGCGCAGCGGCGAAUCCAGAAGGCGAGUCGGGAGGAACAGGAGACCGAAAGCGAGUACGACGACGCCAAGAGGCGCGUGGAACAUGUUUACAUGGCGAUGCAAGCGGGGGACGCCAGCAUGGAGGUCGAUGAAGUGAGGCACUUGACACAUCAGCUGGAAGAUGCCAGGAAGCACAAGGAGCAUGCCGUCUCUCUGCUGGCGAGGGCACUGCAGGACACACAGAAGGCCCGAACAUCCACCGGAGCCACCGAGGUGCAACCUCAGGCUGUGAAGUAUCUGAGAACAGGUUGCAAGGCUACAGGUUCGAGCCAGGAGACGCCGAAAAGCAUGUCUAUGGAGACCUACUGGCUCUCAGAUGGCUUCAAGGUCUGUGCCGAGAAGGGACAGGGACAGAAUGCUCUCACGCUGCCGAUCAGGGUCCAGCAGAUGCCCGGAGACUUGGCCGGGCAUCUCGUGGGUGUUGGCAAACACCCUGGAGCACAAGCCCGAGUUGUGCCCGCACGCAACCUUCUGACGUUGCAGUUGAGCUUCGCGCCACUGGAGGUUCGCUUGCCACAGGGAAUGUUCAGUCAACUGCUGAAGUUUUUCGAGAGGGAUGUGGAGCCUUCGCAAUGGCAGGGAGCGUACGACACUUCCCAGGACAGCCUGCCAAUGUCACAGCGGGUUGUGGACAAGGUGUAUGAGCAGAUCCCCGACGAAGUGCAGCUCGACGUCCGCAUCUCCUCACCUGUGAUUGUCGUUCCCGUGGAGGACCUCGGCUCCGCGCGCUUCAGUCUGGGCGACCUUCACCUUGUCACUUUGGGACCCUGCGCAUACGAGCGUCUUGCCUGCAAGCUGAAGCUGGAAGACAUUUCACUUCGCAGCACUACAGCAAGAGGCGCAAAUUUCAAUGUCGUCAAACCUCUGCAGCUUUGUCUCGAUGUGCAGCUUCGGAUGCUGGACGACGAAAACCACAUGGAGGUCCAGGCUGCGAUGAGCCAGGCUGCAUUGUCUGUGAGUCCAGAAGCGAUGCAGAUACUUGCUUCCAUUCCCUCGGCUUUGUCUUCGCUUCUGGGCAGCUUCGAUGAGGCAGAGCCGAGCUUUGUCCUCAGUCUCCACUUGCUGACGGUGUCGCCAGCAGUUGCACACAGUCCAAAGUUCCUUCUGAUGUCGGCUGACAGGAGCCAGUAG